AUGCUGGAAUGUGAGUGUGUUGAAGGACAAGCUAGGGGCCGAUCUCAAAUGGAAAAUGUUUUAGAGCAGCAGGCUGCUCUUAAUUGGGAAGUGACUGUUCUUACCAAGAUUCUGAAUGACAAGGAGGUUGAAAUCGCUUCACUGAGGUCUGAAUUACAGAAGACGGUUUCGAGGGGACUUGGUACCAGCGAUGGAAAUGAGCAGGUGUUGCAAAAGUUAAGGGAUGAAAAUGAAAGGCUGCUGAAGACAAAUGCCUCACCCAGUGAGGAAGUUAAGGCUCUCAACAGGCAGCUUAUCAAGGCUUAUGAGGAUGCAAAUGAGUGUCUGUCUCUAGAAAAAUUAAGUAUGAGCCCAUGUACUAGAAGCAAGUCAGCUAGAGAUCUGAGCAACUCUAUUAUUUCUGAAUCACCGAUUGUUGCACUACAUAGAAUACUAGAACUUAUGCCCAUCAAAUAUGCUGCAAGAUCUAGCAUCUUAUCAAAACUUUGGAGACAGUUAUGGUCUACACAACCUAAUCUUGUGUUCGAUCCACUGUUUUUUCAGUAUGUAUCUAAUACUAAGGAUUCUGCUGCAAGUGUAAUUCAUAAAAUUCUCUUGAAACAUACUGGAGAUAUUCUGGGAUUCCAUCUCAUCUCCGAGGCAGACACUUUAACACAGUCCGAUGUGAAUCAAUUCAUCAUCUUUGCCUCGAAUCAUGGUAUCCAAAAGCUCACUCUAAAAAUGGCCAACGAUGAAAAAUAUGUGUUGCCUGAUAGCAUAUUUACUUGUGCAACGUUGACACAUUUGAAUCUCUCAAGGUGUAUCUUUAUGCUUCCGGAUGGUACCCAAUUUCCCAAUCUUAUUACCCUUCAGUUAGAACAUUCUAAAAUUGCCGGUCAUCGAGGAUUAGAAAACAAUCUUAAUUUGCCAGUUCUCGAGACUAUGGAGUUGAGAUUUUGUGUUGAUGUUGAUUCUGUUUAUUUGGUUUCUCCAAAACUUGAGAACUUGUCUAUCAUUAGCAGCUAUACAAUUACAUUUCGGUGUUUUAGUGUGAACCCAAUCUUUACUAUCAUUAAGCACCUCUGCUUGAAUGGAACUUCCCUAGAGAAACUUUGCUUGGCGUAUGUGGAAGACAAGCUUUUUCAACCACUAAAAUUGCAAAGCCUGAAAAUUUGCGACUUUAAGAUUUCAGUUGAAAGUAUUGCUUGUGCAGUUUGCCUACUUAGGAGUUCUCCUAACCUUUCUGAAAUUGAAAUAGACGAGGUUGUAAAGGUUGAUGAGACAUUGAAUCAGAGAACGGAGCUGUUAUCUUACUUAUCAAUGGAAAAAGACCGUGUGAAUGAAGCUCUGAGAUUGAUUCAAACAGUGAGGUUUCGGAAACUCAAGGGAUCAAGUACUGAAAUGUACUUAAUAAGAGUGAUGUUUUCUCAUUCUCCAAAACUUGAGAGGAUUAUCAUUGAACAGUGCGAGAAAUCAGGACAUGUCACAAACUAUAGGGAAAAUUUGAGGGAACUGCUAAGCUGCAUUACUCGAGCAUCACCCAAAGCAAUAGUUGUCAAGUAUUUACAAUGUGAUUUCCCAGUGGCGUGUUAUGACUUUUUUGUUUAG